AUGGUAGUAGUGAGCAUCUGCCUCGCCAUCGAGCAGCAACAGAACAGGUGUGACAAGGAUGGUGAAGGUGACAACGACGAGGAGGAAGAGGGCAGGGAGGAGGAAGACGACGACGAGGAGGACCAGGACGAGGAGCUGGAGCAGGAGCAGGAGCAGGAGCAGGAGCAGGAGGAGAAGGAGGAAGAGGAGGAGGAAGAGGAGGAGGAGGAGGAGGAGGAGGAGGAGGAGGAGGAGGAGGAGGAGGAGGAGGAGGAAAGGAGGAGGAGGAGGAGGAGGAGGAGGAGGAAGAGGAGGAGGAGGACGAGGAUGAGGAGGAAGACGAGGAGGAGGAGGAGGAGGAGGAGUAGGAACGAGAAGGAGGAGGAGGAAGAGGAGGAGGAGGAGGAGGAGGAGGAGGAGGAGGAGGAGGAGGAGGAGGAGGAGGAGGAGGAGGAGGAGGAGGAGGAGGAGGAGGAAACACCAAAGCAACCGGACCAGCACAAGCAGCGAAUGGUAGUAGUGAGCAUCUGCCUCGCCAUCGAGCAGCAACAGAACAGGUGUGACAAGGACGGGGAAGGCGACGACGACGAGGAGGAAGAGGGCAGGGAGGAGGAAGACGACGACGAGGAGGACCAGGACGAGGAGCUGGAGCAGGAGCAGGAGCAGGAGGAGAAGGAGGAAGAGGAGGAGGAAGAGGAGGAGGAGGAGGAGGAGGAGGAGGAGGAGGAGGAGGAGGAGGAGGAGGAGGAGGAGGAGGAAAAGGAGGAGGAGGAGGAGGAGGAAGAGGAGGAGGAGGACGAGGAUGAGGAGGAAGACGAGGAGGAGGAGGAGGAGGAGGAGGAGGAGGAGUAG